CUCGAGCGGAGGAAGCCGGCUGUCAUGUCUGACGAGGACGCCAUCCUGCCCAGCUGGUCGUGGGUCUCGUGGCGCGGGAACGUUCACUCCGAAAGCUGGCAGAGUGGCCAUGACUACAUCAAGCGCCAGGCAACACAAGACUCUGAAGAGCAACACACAGUGGACAAUGCCUGGCACACGCUCUCCACCCUGCAGUGGUUCCACUCCGCAAGCCUCGACACAGCUCGGUUCCCCAUCACCGUCGAAGCCGCCGAGUGGCGAAAGCGCUUCGCCGAUUCACCCACCCAUCCCCUCCCCUCCGGCUGGCAGAGAAGCACUGGCCCCGAAGGCCCCGAUACACAUUUCACCCACAGCACCCUCCCCGGCCACGAGUUCAACUACCCGAUCCCCAUCGGCCUCAGCGACGGCCGAGCCGUGCGCUCGCGCUUCCUGCACGCCAAGACACGCCAGGCCCGGCUGCGCAUGCUCCCCACAGCAUACCGCGCCUUUGCUAGCGGGUGCGCGGUUGCGGGGCUGGCGGGCCCGGACGGCAGGCUGGCGGGCUGUCUGCGGCUGAACGACUACGAACAGAACGUGCGCGGAAACUUGCCCGCCGAGCCGUGUCUCUUGGUGGAGCUCUCCGCGGGCGUCGUGGAGCUUGGCCACCCGGCUGCGGCGGACGGGGAUCUGCUGAACCAUCCUCUGGCGGAUGUCUUUGACGAGUGGUCGAUUCCGUCGUGGGAGCAGAAGACGGGGACGUACCGCUUCUAUAAUGCCAUGUGGGUGGACUUGAAGGAAGGGGGUCUUGCUGGCGACGGCGUUGCGUGCCGUCUUGCUGUGGGCCGCGUGGACAAGGCCGUCUGGGAG